UUGUUGGGGUGGACUUGUCCUUUAAGGAGUCGAGACAUACUACGAUGAGCCUUUUCGUAUGGACUUUCCACAACCCUGUCUAUCAUCAUAGGAAAGUCUUUGUGCCGUUGGGUUGGAAGUUAAUCACCAUGUCCCUUCCAGAGAUGGAUCAAUAUUCAGAUGUCCAGGUUUACUUUACAGCCAAGGAAUGGGCAAAGAUCAGCGUUUAUGAGAGAACAUGUAUCAAGAAUGUCAAAGAGAACUAUGAGAUGAUGAUAAAUCUUGGAUUACAGGUAAAUCAACCAAAGUUCAUGCAACGUGUGCAAGUUAUAAAGGAAGAGAUCAAAGAGGAAAGUGAUGGAGGGGAGGAGGAAAUAGAGUCAAGAGGAAUACCUGUGGUAAAUCAACCAAAGUUCAUGCAACGUGUGCAAGUUAUAAAGAAAGAGAUCAACGAGGAAUGUGAUGGAGGGGAGGAGGAAAUAAAGUCAAGAGGAAUACCUGUGGUAAAUCAACCAAAGUUCAUGCAACGUGUGCAAGUUAUAAAGAAAGAGAUCAAAGAGGAAAGUGAUGGAGGGGAGGAGGAAAGAAAGUCAAGAGGAUUACAAGUAAAUCAACCAAAGUUCAUGCAACGUCUGCAAGUUAUAAAGAAAGAGAUCAAAGAGGAAAGUGAUGGAGGGAAGGAGGAAAGAAAGUCAAGAGGAUUAGAUGUCCGUCCAUCGGAGCUUUUGCAGCCUCAGCAAAGUGAAAAGAAACCGAUCCUAAAGGACUUGGGAAAUGGUAAUCUCCUUGAAUCAACAGACUUUGAUAAAUCCAUCCCAUUACAAACCAAUCCAACAUCAUCAGGUGAUCAGGGUAGUCAAUCAGGUGAUCUCAACACCCAGUCAUGUGAUCAGAAGACCAAACUAACAGAGGGAGCUCAAGGAACUGACCAAACCCCCAAGCAGUCCCAGGCAACUUCUUUGGAUGACAAUGGACAAGUAACUGGACAGGGUGGAAAUCUUUCAGGUUCUGGAAUUUGCAGAUGCAAGUACUGUGGAUCACCCUAUGCUAUUCCUCUUAUCUUAGCAAGGCAUCUCAAGUACAAACAUGGUCAUAAUGGUGGUAUUCUGGUACCAGAUUCAUCCCAUUCACGUUUUCUGCAGAUCAUCAAUGGAGAAAUACUAAACCCUUUUGAUAAACCCAAAGAGCCUUCACAUGAUGAAACAGGAAGUGCAAAAAUAGGAAGGAAGACUAAAUAUGUAAUAUAUCUUAGGAAACCGAGUGAAAAGCAAAAACAGAAUUCUUACUUCUCCAGACAAUGUGAGAAGGUAAUUAAUCAUCAAGUUGGGGAUGCCAUAGCAGGUGAAAGAAUUCAUACAGGUGAUCAGCGCUAUGUUUGUUAUUAUUGUGACAAAGCAUUCUAUGAAGCAAGUGCUCUCAAAGCCCAUGCACAAAUCCAUUAUGAAGUGCAUGUUUGCGAUUAUUGUGAUAAGACUUUCCAUUUUGCUUCCGCUCUUAAAGCACAUAGAUGUAAAAGAAUUCAUACAGGUGAGAAACCCUUUCAUACAGGUGAGAAACCCUAUGUAUGUGAUCAUUGUGGUAAGGCAUUUAUUCUACCAGGUCUUCUCCGCGCACAUAAACGAUACCAUACUAGUGAUAAGGCCUUUGUUUGUGAUUAUUGUAAUAAGGCCUUCUAUAGUUCCUCUUCUCUCGAAGCACAUAAACGGAUCCAUACAGGUGAGAAGCCCUAUGUAUGUGAUCAGUGUGGUAAGGCAUUUAAUGGGAAGGGUAAUCUCGCAAGACAUAAACGAAUCCAUACAGGUGAGAAACCAUAUGUAUGUGAUCGAUGUGGUAGGGCAUUUAGUGAAGAAACUACUUUCAGUAGACAUAAACAAGGUCAUGCAAAUGAGAAGCGCUUUGUAUGUGUUCACUGCGGUAAGGCAUUUAAUCAAAUGCUAAAUCUUAGUAUACAUGAACGAAACCAUACAGGUGAGAAAAAUUAUCUCUGUGAUCAAUGUGGUAAGGCAUUUUAUAGAGCUGAUCAUCUCAAAGCACAUAAAAGAAUUCAUGAUUCUGACAAACCCUAUGUAUGUAUUUAUUGUGGUAAGUCAUUUAAUUAUGCGUGUGAUCUAAAAAUUCAUAAACGAAUCCAUACCGGUGAAAAGCCCUAUGAAUGUCAUUUUUGUGAUGAGGCAUUUCGUCAAAGUAGCACUCUCAAAAGCCACAUUACAAGUAAGCACAAGUGAGAAGCCCAUUGCAUGUGCGGUGAAGCUUUUUUUUUCAUCUUGGAAGCAAUCUCAAAAGUCGUAUGCAAUUCCAUACAGUUGAGAAGCCCUAACAGUAACAAUAUGGCAGGGCAUUUUGUCAUCAGUAAAAACAUGAACAAAUCCAUUCAGUGAAGAAACCCAAUGGUCCAAAUUCACAAAGGUAGUUUUGAAAACCAUCGGUUGAACCCACUGUUUUCAUAUGCAGAUUUCCUGUAUAAAUUUUCCUUGCAAGAGAACAAUUUCCAAUGUUGAUGUGUGCUUUUCAGGUCGCCAAAUUUACGCUUGUUGCCAUGGUUAAGUAUGCUUGAGUCCACUGUUUUAACAACAGACAGUUGACUCCUGAAUAAAGUAGCAUAUGUAUGUCUUCAAUGUGCGACAGAAAUUAGAUGCGGAUCUAUCCUCACAAAACAAAUUCACAGACGUUUCUGAUAAAUACAGUUUUAACAUUUUUUAAUUUACACGACAUCAUAUAGAGGUGCAUCCUGUGGAAUAGUUUUUUUGUGAAUCAGAAAAAAGAAAAAAGCUCUUGUAUGCUUUGUGGUUGAGAAGCAAAAUGCAUGUGUUCAGCAUCGGAAGACAGACCAGUUUGUAUACUGGUGUGUUGGCUCAGUCGAUAGAGCAUCCGUCUCACAACCGGGAGGUUGGGAGUUCAAACCCCAGCCGCGUCAGACCAAAAGAAGUUAAAGAUGGGAGUUGCUGCUACCCUGGGCAAAGCAAAUUUUUGGAGUAUUUCAUUUCAUGUCAAUUUCGAACAAUAAAUUAAGGCUUUUCAUUUUCAUCAUUUUUGUCUCACCUGCAUAGCAGAGUGAGACUAUAUGCGCUGCUUUUCCGACGGCGGCGGCGGCGUCAACACCAAAUCUUAACCAGAGGUUAAGUUUUUGAAAUGACAGCAUAACUUAGAAAGUAUAUGGACCUAGUUCAUGAAACUUGGCCAUAAGGUUAAUCAAGUAUUACUGAACAUCCUGCCUGAGUUUCAUGUCACAUGACCAAGGUCAAAGGUCAUUUAGGGUCAAUGAACUUAGACCAUGUUGGGGGAAUCAACAUCAAAAUCUUAACCUAAGGUUAAGUUUUGGAAAUGUCAUCAUAACUUAGAAAAUAUAUGGACCUAGUUCAUGAAACUUAUACAUAAGAUUAAUCAAGUAUCACUGAACAACCUGCAUGAGUUUCACGUCACAUGACCAAGGUCAAAGGUCAUUUAGGGUCAAUGAACUUUGGCCAAAUUGGGGUAUUUGUUGAAUUACCGCCAUAACUUUGAAAGUGUGUUGGUCUAGUUCAUAAAACUUGGACAUAAGAGUAAUCAAGUAUCACUGAACAUCCUGUGCACAUUUUAGGUCACAUGACCAAGGUCAAAGGUCAAUGGACUUUGGCCAUAAUGGGGGUAUCUGUUGAAUUACCAUCAUAACUUUGAAAGUUGAUGGAUCUGACUCUUGAAACUUGGACAUAAGACUAAUCAAGUAUCACUGAACAUCCUGUGCGAGUUUCAGGUCACAUGAUCAAGGUAAAAGGUCAUGUAAGGUCAAAGAACUUUGGCCACGUUGGGGGUAUUUGUUGAAUUGCCAUCAUAUCUCUAUAAGUGCAUUGGUCUAGUUCAUAAAACGUGGAAAUGAGAGUAACCAAGAAUCACUGAACAUCUUGUGCGAGUUAUAGUAGUUUUCAAAAUUAGCACUGCUGCUAUAUUGAAUCGCGUGAUGCAGGUGAGACGGCCAGAGGCAUUCCACUUGUUCAUAUGUUAGAAUGUGUGAAAAAAGUAUGUAAUUUUUUGUUUUAAAUUCAUAUUUUAAAAAAUUAUGUAAAAUUAAGAAAAAUG